UAUGUUUAACUGUAAAUUAAGUUUUGGUGAACAUUUGAUUUUUGCCCAGAAAGUACUAGAUAACUCUCAGGAUAUCUGCAACCUCCCAACAACAACAGAUAUCAAGUAAUUUUAUUUAUUAAGAGUAGCAAUAACAAUAACAAUAGAUAUCAGGUAACUUGGUCUACGAAUAAAUGAAAAAAAAAAUCACCUAAUAUUUUGUUUCUGCUGGAAUUUGAAUCUGAAACCUAUGAGCUCUAUUUAUUGUUCCCAUAUGUUGUGGUUGUUCCCCUUCUUUGUUUUUUCACUUCACUUAUUAUUGUCAGCUGGAGAUUGAGUUUGAUUCAUGUUUACUCUGUUUGGUUUGAAAAAAUGUGAAGAACUAGGAAAUUCCAUAGGGUUCAGGUUGAGGUGGGACAAAGAACUCGUACAAUCAUAUAGGAAAGUAUGUUCUGGUAUGUCAAGAUGGAGCUUGUUCUUGUUUCAGGAUACCAUAACGGAGCUAAGACACUUUCCAGUUUGUACCUCAGUACGUCAAUCAUGAACACUAUCGUAGCUAUUACCCUAUUUCUGCUCCCGGUAUUCUUCCUUCUUGCUUGGAGGAUAAGAUCGUCGAAGAGGGUUCCACCAGGAUCCCUUGGAUUUCCAGUCAUCGGUCAAAGUCUUGGGUUGCUAAGGGCAAUGAAAGCCAACACAGCAGAGAAGUGGCUUGAUGAAAGAGUACAAAAAUAUGGUCCUAUAUCAAAGCUAAGCCUUUUUGGCAAACCAACUGUGUUUAUUUAUGGGCAGGCUGCUAACAAGUUUUUAUUUACCAGUGAUGGCUCUGUCCUCACUAGUAAGCAGCCACAAUCACUCAAGAUGAUUCUGGGUGAUCGUUGCCUUUUGGAAAUGAAUGAUGAAGAUCAUAAACGGGUUAGAGAUGCCCUGGUAUCGUUCUUGAAGCCAGAUAGUCUGAAGCGUUAUGUUGGAAAGAUGGAAGAAGAAGUCAGAAUCCACCUUGAGACUUACUGGAAAGACGAGCAAAUAAUGAAGGUAUUACCUUUGAUGAAGACACUCACCUUUGACAUUAUUUGUUCUCUCCUUUUUGGGCUUGAACGUGGAGCUCGAAGAGACCAAAUGGUUCGUUAUUUCCAGCAGAUGAUAGAAGGAAUGUGGUCAAUCCCUAUAAACUUGCCUUUUACGCGCUUCAAUCGCAGCCUCAAGGCAAGCAAAGAUGUCCAGAAAAUGUUGAAACAACUUAUUUCAGAGAAACGACAUGAGUUUGACAACAACUUAGCUUCAUCCCACCAGGACCUCAUCACCUGCUUGCUCAGCAUCCGUGGAGAGAACAAACAAGAACUCAUGUCUGAAAAUGAAAUCAUUCACAAUGUCAUGCUCAUCAUGGUUGCUGGAUAUGCCACUUCAUCCGUCUUGAUAACUUUCAUGGUUAGACUUUUAGCAAAGAAUCCAAAUAUUCAUGCAGCUGUCCUUAAAGAACAGGAAGAGAUUGCACAGAGCAAGUCACCAGGACAGUCGCUAACUUGGGAAGACCUUGGCAAUAUGAAAUACACCUGGAGAGUGGCCAUGGAGACAAUGAGAAUGUUCCCUCCCAUUUUCGGAGGCUUCAGGCAGACUGUAAAAGACAUUGAGUAUGGAGGCUACCUCAUUCCAAAAGGAUGGCAAAUAUUCUUGGUAACGGCUAAAACACACAUGGAUAGCAGCAUUUUCCAAGAACCAGAGAAAUUUGAUCCAUCACGCUUUGAGAACACAGCAUCUUUGCCUCCUUACAACUUUGUUCCAUUUGGAGGGGGAGCCCGUAUAUGUCCUGGAUACGAGUUUGCAAAGAUUGAAACUUUGGUCACAAUCCAUUACCUUGUAACAUAUUUCACAUGGAAGCUAUGCUGUACAGACGAUUUCUUCAGCAGGGACCCAACACCAGUACCAACUCAAGGGCUUCCCAUUCAAAUAAUUCCCAGGAAACCUCUCUAGUUCAACAAAUUCAAUCCUACAUUCUUCUCCAAGAGGCAGCAGACUUUGUAAACCUUAAGGCUCCUAAGGGAAUAUUAUGCAAGAAUGAAGAAGUCAAGCUUGGCUAAGUCGUAAGUGGGGCUUGUGUGGUUGCACCUAGACGUUAAAGUAUUUGGAGUAAUAGUAAGUUGAAGGGUAUUAUAUCACUCAACUUUAUGUUUUUUUGUCUUUCAAUUAUCAAAAAGUCUUUGUAUUUGUUUGUCUUUUUUUAAUAACCGUGGCAUUUAAGUCAGCUUGCACACAUCAACUAAUGAAAAGUCUUUGUAUCUGUUUGUUUUUUUAUAAUCGUAAUAUCACAGCCAACUUGUGGACAUCUCGACUAUCAAA